GAGGCUGGAAAGCGGCCGGGUUCCUGCUGCACUGCCAUGCGCCGCGCGGCCCGAGCGACUCGCGGGACCUCCCAGGCGUCCCUGCAAGGACCCCUCGACUUCUCCUAGCAGGGUUCGCCUCCAUUUCCAGUUUCCGAGCGGGCUGCUGCGCCCCGCUGGCCGAGGAGCUGCGUUCACCGCAGUGGCGGGCCCCCGCCUGCGUUCGUGGCCAGCAGAAGGCUGAUCUUUGAAAGUAUGUAUUUGAGAGAUAGUCACGUUGUAUUGAAUACUUUGUGCUGGUGCUGCCAUCGAAAAGUCUGGUUACACUCCGGGGAGGCCUGCUACCACUGCAGGACUGAACCGCCGCAGCCCUGAGAUGAGUGACCGGCCUGAGCGAGCACACCAUGAAUAGAUACACAACAAUCAAGCAGCUUGGGGAUGGAACCUACGGUUCCGUCCUGCUGGGGAGAAGCAUUGAGUCUGGGGAACUCAUUGCUAUUAAAAAAAUGAAAAGAAAGUUUUAUUCCUGGGAGGAAUGCAUGAACCUUCGGGAGGUUAAGUCUUUAAAGAAGCUCAACCAUGCCAAUGUCGUAAAAUUGAAAGAAGUUAUCAGGGAAAACGAUCAUCUUUAUUUUAUCUUCGAGUACAUGAAGGAAAACCUUUACCAGCUCAUUAAAGAAAGAAAUAAGUUGUUUCCCGAGUCUGCUAUAAGGAAUAUCAUGUACCAGAUAUUGCAAGGACUCGCGUUUAUUCACAAACACGGCUUCUUCCAUCGGGACUUAAAACCCGAGAACCUCCUCUGCAUGGGACCUGAACUUGUGAAAAUUGCAGACUUUGGAUUGGCCCGAGAAAUCCGAUCAAGACCUCCAUACACAGACUAUGUAUCUACCAGAUGGUACAGGGCUCCAGAAGUGCUCCUGAGGUCUACCAACUACAGCUCCCCCAUUGACAUCUGGGCCGUGGGCUGCAUCAUGGCAGAAGUGUACACUCUGAGGCCACUCUUCCCUGGGGCCAGUGAAAUUGACACCAUAUUCAAAAUUUGCCAAGUGCUGGGGACACCGAAAAAGACCGACUGGCCUGAGGGCUACCAACUUUCAAGUGCUAUGAACUUCCGCUGGCCCCAGUGUGUACCCAAUAAUUUAAAGACCCUGGUUCCAAAUGCUGGCAGUGAAGCAAUUCAGCUCAUGAGAGACAUGCUUCAGUGGGAUCCCAAGAAACGACCAACAGCUAGUCAGGCCCUUAGAUAUCCUUACUUUCAGAUCGGGCACCCACUGGGCAGCACCACCCAGAACCUCCAAAAUUCAGGAAAACCACAGAAGGACGUUCUGGAAAAGGCAGGCCCACCUCCUCACAUUAAACCUGUCCCUCCUGCCCAACCCCCAGUCAAGCCACACACACGGAUUUCUUCACGGCAACAUCAAGCCAGCCAGCCCCCUCCACAUCUCGUGUACCCCUACAAAGCAGAGGCCUCCAGGGCAGAUCACCUGAGCCAUCUCCAGGAAGACAAGCCAAGCCCGCUGCUUUUCCCAUCCCUCCACCACAAGAACCCUCAGUCGAAAAUCCUAGCUGGCCUGGAACACAAAAAUGGUGAGAUCAAGCCAAAGAGUAGGAGAAGGUGGGGUCUUGUUUCCAGGUCAACAAAGGAUUCAGAUGAUUGGGCUGACUUGGAUGACUUAGAUUUCAGUCCAGCCCUCACCAGGAUUGACCUGAAGAACAAGAAAAGACAGAGCGAUGAAACUCUCUGCAGAUUUGAAAGUGUUUUGGACCUGAAGCCCUCUGAGCAUGUGGGUACAGGAAAUAGUGCCCCUGCCCAGACUUCCUCUCAGAGGCGAGACACGCCCACCUUGAGGUCCGCAGCCAAGCAGCACUACUUGAAGCACUCGAGAUACUUGCCUGGAAUAAAUAUAAGAAAUGGCAUACUUCCAAAUCCAGGCAAGGAUUUUAUUCCAUCUAAUCCAUGGUCUAGUUCUGGUUUGUCUGGAAAAUCUUCAGGGACGGUAUCAGUAAUCAGCAAAAUAAAUUCAGUUGGUUCCAGCUCUACAAGUUCUAGUGGACUGACGGGAAACUACAUCCCUUCCUUUCUGAAAAAAGAAAUCGGCUCUGCUGUGCAGAGGGUACACUUGGCACCUAUUUCAGAUCCUUCCCCUGGUUAUUCGUCUCUGAAGACUGUGAGACCUCAUCCUGGGCGACCCUUUUUCCACACUCAGCCUCGAAGCACUCCUGGGCUGAUGCCCCGGCCCCCGGCUGCCCAGCCGGUGCAUGGCCGGACGGACUGGGCCUCCAAGUACGCAUCUCGGCGAUGAUUGCUGUGAGGCGCCUUGUAGGGAAAGGAGGACACUUUCCCGUGGCUUUCUGUGGUAUUUUACCUGCAAGAAAUGUUAGGACAAUGGAAAAUGAACACUUUAUAGUUAACUUCUGAACGGAGACAUUUCAAUCUUCUUUUUUUUUUUUAAGUUAUUCCUUUUUUUAAAUAUUGAUUUGAAGGCAAUACCCUUUUUUUGUACAAAAUUAUUCUAAAACUGGGUCCUGUUAUUUUCUUAAAUAGCAGCAUUUUGUAUAUAUGGAUUAUGUUGGGAUUUUAUACAGUCAACUUUGCAAUGAAUUUUUUAAAGGUUAAUUGAUUUUUCUUUGGGUUUCCAGAUAAUAUUUUAUACAGAUUUUUAAAAAUGUAAUGAAAUUGAUGCAGUAUUGCAACAGGGGUACAAUUUUGGGUUAUGUGAUAAAAGGUUAUUUACUCAAUAUGUGUGGAUAUUCUUGAAGUGGUUGAAUUUUAAAUGUGGCACACUUGGUACUUCAGGCUUUCUUAGACUGACAUUAGCACUAGAAAAGUGAUCACCUGUUUUUCUCGACAUCAUGUCAUGUCAUUGGUUCGAUUUUUUUGACACCACGGUGCUGUUCCGAAAGUACCAGCUAUUGUGUAAUUUAUUUUGUUGUUAUUUCUCAUACUUUUUAAAAUGUUUACAAAAUGGUUGCAAAAAUUAAGAUGAUUGGAGGUACCCAAAUGAAGCCAAGUGUAAUCAUACGAUGCCAUCACAUUCUUUUUUUCCUUCAUUUUUGAAAUCAAAUUUGUAAGUACACACAAAAGAGGAGCUUUUCAAGUCAAAAUGUUCUCAACAUAAAGGUUACCACAGUCGUUUACACUUCUAUCCCUGCCAGGAUGCAUGAGCAAGAAGCUAAGUUUCAAAGCAGCAGAAGAUUUUUUAUGAUAAUAACUGAUGGAAUCAUGCAUUCAGCUCAGUUCUCCAGACCUGGUUAGGAGCAGACAAUGAAUAAGUUUCUGCCCUAGUUGCAUUCUCAGGGCAGUCUGGGAGGAGGGGGGAUUUAUGACAAAGGCCUCACUUCUUCGGGAAGUCUGAACUACCACCAUAUAAGUGUUCGUAGCACCACAUUUGUACACUUAACCGUUAUGUAGCUCCUUUCAGCAGUGAGGAGAACUCUAUUAUAUUGGGCACAGGCUGUUAUAUUGAGAUGAAUGUUUACAACAGUUUUGACAAUGACAAAGCUAGUUUGGAGACAGAAAAAAAGUCCACUAUUAUCCAUCUCUAUACAUCACGUUUGCUUCCACUCACGGUUACUUGAAAGGCUCAAAAGGCAGGAGGGAAGAUCACCACCAGGGAAUGCAAUAUUAUUUCAACAGUAUAUUGACUCAUAUUUUCCUAGAGCUCAAGCUACUCUUUGGGGUCACCAGAUUCCAGGAUAUAGCAAGUUGAACCCUAUAAAAUUAUCAUAUUUGUAGGUUAAUAUGAUAAGUUAAAAUAAAUAUUGGCAUUUUCAUAUGGUUCAACCUAAUAAGUCAGUACAUUAUUGCUUUGGUGUAUUAAUACUGUGUUGCAGCCUGAAUGAGUUAGCAUGGCUUCCAAAGGGCCCUAACCUAACAUCAGGGAGUAAUUUAUGCUUUGGAGAAUCUGGCUAAAAAAUACACAUGACUAAGCAACUAUGAUCCCUACAGGAAUGAGAAAAGUACAUGAUGGAUGUGGAUUUGAUAGGUAGUAUUUUCCUGUUAACAAACUGGCAGCAAAGCUUAAGAAAUUACAUAUAUAUAUAUAUAUGCAAGCACAACUUGAAGCUGAAUUCAUUUCUGUAUUAUACUCUCAACUCAUUAUCUAAAGCAGCAGAAAAUGUGUUUUCAGAGAUGAGCCCUUUACUAUAAUGUUAAUAUUUAUUUUUCCUUUCUGUAUUAUGUAUAAAAAGUAAGUUUAUCUGAAACCUUACUUGGCUUGUUGGAAAGCUGGUUUUUAAUUGUAAAUACGCCCUAGAGGAGCAAAUGGAUUGUGAAUACCAUAUUCUUGGCACUCUAGCUUAUGUUUAGAUUUUUUAAAUUGAAAAACCUAGUUGUCUGGUUAUUACACACCAUAAAAUUGUUUUUCUAAUACUUUUUCAGAGCCCAACUUUGGAAAAAUAUUUCACUUUUCUUCCUACUUUCCUCUCCUUUGUUUACCAGCAAACACCUUCCCUUGGGAAGCCAAACACACUUAUUCAUACAAAAGUGAAGAAACGGAUGCACAGCUGAGAAAACUAGAAGACCAAAAAGCAACCUAAAUUCUAAAGAACUAGCAAAAUCUUAUGAAGCACUCUUUUUCCCCCAAACGAGAAAGAACAAAUAGUAUAUUCAAGCUAUGUACUAUAGAAGGGAAUCAUGACCAUUUUUUGUUAAGUGAAAAUAAAAUGCCGCGUGCUGCGUAUAUUUUUAGUGACUACAGAGUUAUAUUUAUUUCUAAUGCAAGACAACAGGAAUGAUGAGUUGUAACUUCACCUAUCUAUGACUCUACCUCUUGUUCAUCAGAAAGCUUUCCAAGACGUCAGAAGAUGGUACAGGGUUGGCUCUCAUUCCGUGCCCAGAGGUUCAGUGACAAUGGCGGAUCCCACCUAGACCAUGAACAGUAAGGAAGCUACCAUUUGCAUAAAAGCUACAUUUGGGAUGCUAAUUCUUGUUACAAUAAAAUUCCAUUAAGUACAGGAGCCCUCACCCAGUUUAUAUAAGGAUUUAUGUUGGAAGAAAAUUGAUUUUCAAACAAUUCCUUAGACACAUCUCUUGCCUAGAAGAUUAUAGACAUCUAAUAAAGUUACGCUACGUCCUCUACUGGAGUUAGCAAAAAUUGAAUCAAGGCAACACAUAUGAAAGAAAACAAGAAAUGUUAUGUUUUUAAGUAAGUGCAAAUACAGGUAAUCUUGGAGCACCAGGUUUUCUCAUGAAGUAGCAUUUCCUUACCAUUAAGCCAUUGCUCUGUGCCGUUUAGGGGGAGAAAAAGAAGAGAAUACAGGCUGUAUGUUACAGCUCAAUGUAUGACCAAAAGCAGUUAUGUUUGUGAGAAAAUGUUUGACAUGCAAAUGUUUUAUAUCAUUUAAACAUACUGUAGCAACUUAUUUGUUUAAUGUUAAUUUUUAGAAGGAUUUAGAAUGAUUUUUACACUUUUUAACCAAAUGUACAGUAAUUUUAUAUAAUUUAUUAUGAGGACCUUCAUAUGGGAACCAUUAAGAAGACAGACUGGAGGCAAAUGUCACAAUCUGUAUUAUCAGUUUCUUACAGAUACUGUGCUAAUGUGAAUUUAAAAUGACCUGAACAAAGUCUUCUGAUCUCAGAUAUCUCAGCUUGGUCAUUUGAUUUGAUUAUAAAGGAAUAAAUAACUGAGACUAUAUUUAUUUAUAAAGCAAAUAUUCAUAAUAAUGAAAAGAUAGGGCAGAAAAUCCUUAAGCAAGACCCUUCUGAAAUAAAAUGUUGCUUUUUUAAUAGUUUGUCUUAAGGUGUUUAAGAACAUUAAUUAAAUUUAUGUAAGGAAAAUUCUCCUGCCCCAAAUAAAGUUAC